AUGACUGUGACUGAACGAACUAAGGAAAUCAAAAUAGGAAUGCUGGAGAGUACAAUAGCACUAUCUGACCGCAUGUCAACAUCAUUUGGACCAAAGGGACUGGACAAGAUGAUCAAGAAGGGAAAAGAAUGCACCAUUACAAAUGACGGGGCAACAAUCCUAAAAUUUUUCAAGGAAAAUCCAUUACACAACAUUCUAGGAUCCAUGAGUGAUGCACAGGAUGUGAAUUGUGGAGAUGGAACCACUUCAGUUGUACUAUUGGCUUGCUCACUUUACAAAACGAUGUCAGAAGACGACAACAUUCAUUCAGCCAAAAAAGCCCAGGCACUUGAAAUAGUAAAGAAAAUAGGAGUAGAUCAUAUCAGAAGUGUCAGAUCUAAGGUGAAUGACAUUCUCAGUGUGGCAUUGACUACUCUGAAUAGCAAAAUAGCUGCUAAAAAUGUCAAAUUGGCUAAAAUAGCAAUCGAUGCUCUCAACAGCUUUAAUUUCGAAGAUGUGAAGAUUCUGAAGAAAGUUGGUGGCAAUUUGGAUGAUGUGAUCAUGCACAAAGGAAUUGUGUUGCAGCAAAACAGAGGAUUCAUUGGUUUUGAAGGCAUAAAAACUGUCAAGCUCCUCAUUGUCCAAUUCUGCAUUAGUGCGCCUAAAACGAACAUGGACGCCAAAGUGGAGAUCAAGAGCAUUAAGCAGAUGAAGCAACUUGUUUUGGAAGAGCAGGAAUACUUGAUGAAGAAGAUUAGGAAAAUCAAGGAAUCAGGGUGUAACUUGUUAGUUGUACAAAAAAGCUUAGUUAGAGAAAGCAUCAGUAAACUGGCAUUGCAUUUGUUCAAGAAGGAAGGAAUUGAUGUUAUUGAUGGCCUAGAAAGAAGAGAAAUAGAAUAUUUGAGCAACAAGAUGAACAUAAGAGCUGUUUCUGACCCACUAUUGAUCAAACAGGCUACUGAUAUUGAAGUGGAAGUAUUCAAGUAUGAGGAAAAUAGUUUAAUGGACGAUCCAUCAAUCAACAGCACUUUUGUCAAUUUCAAGACAGAUGAUUGUUGCACCGUUGAAAUCUCAGGAGUGGAUCAGAUCGUGGUUGAUGAAUGUGAGAGAUCACUACACGACGUGCUUUGUGUUGUGAGAUGCCUGAAGAAUGAGCCUUUCAUUUGCCCAGGAGGAUGUGCUAUUGAAACUGGAAUUGGGGUGAAAUUGGAAGAGUAUUCAGGAGAACAGAGACUGUUGGUAAACAAGGCAGCAGAUGGGUUUCUGGCACUGACACACCAUUUAGCAAAGAGCGCUGGUUUUAAUACGAUUGAAAUUGUGAACAGUCUGAAAAUGAAACUGAAGGAAAACUGGAAUUAUGGAAUAUCAAUGCGUAGAAACAGAAUAAGCGACAUGGUGAAUAUGGAGCAUGUUGUACAACCAUCAGCUGUCUGUGAGAGCGAGAUUGUGCUAGCAAUUGAAACAGUUCAGAUGUUACUGAAGAUUGAUGACAUGUUGCCUACGAUAGAAAAAUGA